AACACAUUUUUUACUUUCUUUCUCUCACUUGCCUCAUAAAAUAAGAAUCUACGAAACUAGCCAUACCUCACAGCUCUCUUCUUUCUUUCUUUCUUUCAUUCAUUCAUAGAUCAUACCCCCCAACGCACGCUACCCAAUUCUCUCUUUAUAUAAACAUCAACCCCACUCAUCUUUUAUAUACUGGGAAAUACUUCAUUUGUUUAAUGGAGUUGAAAUCAGAGUCUGUAGAGGUUGAAGAUACCGAGAAGAAAGUUAUACUACUUGAACAACAACAUGAAGAGAAACAGCAACAGAAAUUGCAACAAAGCUUCCAUGUUUUAGCGGUUGAUGAUAGUGUCAUUGACAGGAAGCUUCUGGAGAAGCUGCUUAAAGUUUCUUCUUAUCAAGUGACUUGUGUGGAUUCUGGGGAUAAAGCUUUGGAAUUUCUUGGGCUGAUUGAUAAGCUUCAAGACACUCCUGCUGAUUCUUCUACUUCUUCUUCUUCAUCGCCUCCCCACUCAUUACAACAACAAGAGGGAUCGAAGGUCAACUUGAUCAUGACAGACUUCUGUAUGCCCGGAAUGAGCGGCUAUGAUUUACUCAAACGAGUCAAGGGAUCUUCCUGGAAAGAUGUACCAGUGGUGGUCAUGUCAUCAGAAAAUGUACCUUCAAGAAUCAGCAUGUGCCUGGAAGAAGGAGCAGAGGAGUUUCUGUUGAAGCCAUUACAGUUAUUAGACUUGGAGAAGCUUCAGCCCCAUCUCUUAAAAUCCCUGAAUAUGAAUAACCAAACAACAAUAACAAUGAAAGCUUCAGCACCAUUUACAGAAAUGGAGCAGUUGACAGAGGGCAACAACAACAAUGAAAGCAAGGAAAACAACAAUAACAAGGAGUCUAACAGCUAUAUAAACAGCAAUAAUAGUUUUAGCAAGAGGAAGGCUCUGUCAGCUGAGCCCCCAGAGAGGAGGCCUAAAAUGAAAGAAUUGGCAGUAGUAUAAUUUUUUUCUUUUUUCAAUUUGAUGGGAGAUUAUGGUAUAAUUUAGUUUACAUUAGAGAGUGGAUUAAUUUUCGUAAUACAUGGGUUACGUUAUGAUGUAACUAGUUGAUUAAUUGGUUGGUGUUGCUAAUGUAAGGGUGACAGGCUUUGCUUUCAA